AAUCAAUUCCUCUAGACUCCAGUUCUUUAUUCUGGGCAAAAUGUUCAUUUGACCUAUAUAUAUGUAUUCAAAAUUAUUUGCAGAAAAAUUGGAUUAUGGUUUAUUAAUUAGAUAUUGAUUUUCUAGGAGAUUCCACCAAUGUCGUUUCUUGCAUACCCAACAAAGCUAUCACAGCAUCACCUCAACAAACCCAGAAUCCAAACCCCUAUACAGGCCGAGGCUGUUCAAUACGGAGUAUUAUUUAUGGCAUAAACGCUUCACUUAAACGGAUAUGGCCCUAACGCUCCCUACCCAUCUCAAAUUCAGGCCUCCCAAUCACCCAAAACGUUCAAUCUUGCCAACCCAUCUGGCCGUUUUUACAGUUAGAACAACAAAACUCACCCCUCGUACCCUCUCUUCCUUCAAACUUCACUGCAGUGAUGGAGAGACUGAUGUUUCUGCCACCACCCAGGAGCCUGCUUCUCCUGAUGUUGAUACCACAGGGGACAGCAUGUCUACUAUCGGUGAUGGUUAUGUGGCAUUGUUCGUCCGAAUGCUGGGUUUAGACAACGAUCCUCGUGAUAGACGAGAGGCAAUAGAUACCCUAUGGAAGUAUUCACUCGGGGGAAAGAAGUGCGUAGAUACCAUAAUGCAGUUUCCUGGCUCAGUCAAUCUCACUGUGAAUCUUCUGAAGUCGGAUUCUGAUUCUGCACGUGAAGCAGCUGCUGGCCUUUUGAGAGUGGUGUCAUCGGUGAAUGUAUACCGGGAUUCCGUGGCAGAAAGUGGCGCAAUAGAGGAGAUAACGGGCCUAUUGAGGCGAUCUUCUUCACUAUCUUCUAAUGUGAAGGAGCAAAGCCUUUGUACGUUGUGGAAUUUGUCGGUGGAUGAGAAGCACAGAAUAAAAAUGGCAAAUUUCGAUCUCUUGCAUGUACUAAUGAAGUUACUGGAAGACGACGAAGUGAGGGUGAUCGAGGCAGCUGGAGGGGUUUUGGCUAAUCUGACAUUAAGCAAAUUUAAUCACAAGAUCAUGAUUGAAGUUGGCGUUAUUCCGAAACUGGCCAGACUAUUGAAAACGGGUAUGGAGGGGUCUAAGGUGAUUAGAAAAGAAGCGAAAAACGCAUUGUUGGAACUCGCUAAAGAUGAGUACAACAAGAUUCUCGUUAUGGAGGAGGGUCUAGUUUUGGUCCCUUUGGUCGAGCAGAGAUCGAAAGUCCCUUCACCGUUUAACACCGAGGAAGCAAAGGCGAAUGCAAUGGACGGUCAAGCGAGACAACGAUUUCUCGACCGUAAAGGGGCUAUAGAAAUCGAAGAUAAUAAGUUAAACAACGAAUCAAGUCGGUUUACCCUUUUGCCAUGGACCGAUGGCGUGGCUCGAUUGGUUCUUAUUCUCGGACUUUUUGAAGAUGAGUCGGCUGUUGCCCGAGCGGCAGAGGCGAUCGCUGAUGCAUCCUUCAGCGAACAUAUGCGUUUUUCCUUUAUGGAAGCCGGUGCUGUUAAUCGACUAACUGAGCUGAUCGAUCAUCCUAACGACAAAAUAAGAUGUGCUGUUGUUCGGGCUCUGGAAAGGCUAUCUGUCAGCAAUGCAGUUUGCAAAAGACUAGAAGAGGAAAAUGUUUUGCGUUCUUUGAUUAAUUUACUGAAUCGCUUAGAGAUCUCUAGCAACAUUACAAAAACGAUUCUGGAUAUUCUUACUCGAAUUCUCGAUCCUAGCAAAGAAAUGAAAUCAAAGUUUUUCGAGGGACCAGCCAACUUUUCAGAGAAGGGAUGGGAAGAAACAAGAAACAUGGGACUUGGAGGAAAGGAGAAUGAGAAAGCUGUAUCAACUACGAGCUUGAAAACUACCAACGCGGUUGAUGUUCUGGAUUCUGCGGUUCUUACUCGCCUCAUUGAUAUCUUGAAGACAUCGUCCCCGGAUGUGCAGAGAAAAGUUGCUUCGAUCCUCGAGUUUGUUUCAGUUGUUGAACCGUGCGCUGAAAAGAUAAUCUCAGUUGGCAUAGAAUCCGGUUUAGAUGCUGUUUUUAAGCAGGAAUCCUUGAAAGAGGAGGCGGAUUUUGAUUUUGAUGGCCAGAAACCGGAACUACAUGCCCUCGAAAUUGAAGAAGCUGGUAACGCUAUAUCUGCAGCAUCUCGGCUUCUAACGAGAUUACUGGACUUUGAGCAUUUCCGGCGUAAAAUAGACGCAUACCACUUCACUAAACUGCUCCGAGGGGUCCUCAAGUCCGACAUCCCUCUUUAUCACAAAGAUUGGGUCGCUGCCUGCCUUGUCAAACUCAGCUCUCUAUCCGGCCCCUAUUCCGGCUUCGAGAACCCGAUCAACAUGGAGGUGACUCUCUACGAGACAAUCCCGAGGCUGGUAGAACAGAUGAGAACCUCGUUUUCACCCGAGGUACAGGAGGCUGCAGUCGUGGAACUGAACAGGAUUAUAUCCGAAGGAGUGGUGGACUCCACCCGGGCCGUCUCUGCCCAGGGGGGAAUCUUCCCGCUGGUGAAGCUCAUAGAGAACGGGACCGAGCGGGCUGUGGAAGCGGGGCUAGCAAUACUGUAUAAUCUAAGCAUGGACAGCGAAAACCACGCGGCUAUCAUAGCUGCAGGAGCAGUCCCGGUUUUGAGGAGGAUCGUGCUCUCGCAGAGGUCUCAUUGGACCCGCGCCCUUCGUUUGCUUAGGAAUUUACCCACCUGAAAAGCACCAAAAAAACAAAAAACAUGAAUGAAAUGCAAAUAUAGUACAGGAUAUAUGUCUGUUUAGGAUUGUUGAGGGACAGUGUUGUUCAGAAGAGAAACCAUUUCAGAUUCUUUACACCAAA